AUGGCAUCUCACUUCAUUUUCUCCCCCCCCCCCGCCUUAUUGAAUGUGUGCGUGUGCUUGUCUUGCUCAGUGUUAGAUCCCUGCUCUGCGUACAUCAGUCUCAACGAGCCGUGGCGCAACACUGAGUACCACGUCAACAACUCCAGAGGGGUGCCCCUGUGCGACCGCCACGUCUCCGGGGAGUGGUACCGAUUCACGGGCAUGGCCGGCGACGCCAUGCCCACCUUCUGCAUCGAAGAGAACCACUGCGGCACCCACGCGCCCAUCUGGCUGAACGGCAGCCACCCGCAGCUCCACGAGGGCAUCGUCAGCCUGCCAGCCUGUGCCAGCUUCAAUGCCCACUGCUGCCACUGGACUGCCAACGUGGACGUCAAGGCCUGCCCAGGGGGGUACUACGUGUACCGCCUGCCGCGACCCUCCGUCUGCUUCCAUGUCUACUGUGGACACUUCUAUGACAUCUGUGAUGAGGUGGAAUGCACGGGGCCCCACUGUGGAGAGCCUGAGUGUCGCUGUGGCAACGGAACUGUCCUUGGGCUUGACGACCAGACCUGCCUCGAUGUGAAUGAGUGUGAGAAGGGGAAUGGGGGCUGUGCUGAGGUGUGUGUGAACACCAAGGGCUCCCGCCGCUGUGAGUGUCAGCCAGGACGCGUGCUGGAGGCCGAUGGGUACACCUGCAAAGAGAUCGAAGGCUGCCACAGUGGGAACGGAGGCUGCAGCCACGGAUGCUCUGGGCCGCAGGACUCCUACUACUGCCACUGCCCACGAGGACUGGUGCUGUCCCAGGACAAACGCACCUGCCAGGUCCCAGUGCAGUGUGGCUCCAGCUCCAUAGAGGUGUCUGUGCCCAAGGAGCUGGUGGGGGGUCUGGAUCUCUUCCUGGCCAACUCCUCGUGCCAGGGCGUCUCCAACGGCACGCACAUCAACCUCAACUUCAGCCUGAGGACCUGUGGGACCGUGGUGGAGGUGGUCGACGACAAGAUCGUGGGCACCAACCUGGUGACCGGCCUGCCCGUGUCCCAGGGCCCCGGGGGGAGCAGCGGCGGCGGCGGCGAGGAGCUGAUCAUCCGCACCAGCAAGCUCCUGCUGCCCGUCACCUGCGAGUUCCCCCGCCAGUACGAGGUGUCCGACGGCUACCUGCCCAACCUGCCGGGCUCGGCGCUGGAGCUGGCGGGCCACAGCGAGGGCCUCUUCCCCUUCCGCCUGGAGCUGUUCAAGAGCGCCGAGUUCUCUGAGCCGUACCGCACGCCCCCGCAGCUGCACCUGCGCGACUGGCUCUACUUCGGCGUGGAGCCCAAGGGCGAGAGGGUGGACGGGCUGGCGGCGCUGGUUGAGAGCUGCUUCGCCACGCCCGGCCCCAGAGCAGACGAGGCGGUCAAGUACUACCUCAUCAAGGACGGCUGUAUCUCAGAUGAGACGGUUCAUCAGUACAGUGCCAAGGACCAGCUCUCGAAGCACUACCACGUCCCCGUCUUCAAGUUCGUGGGCAAGGACAACCGAGAGGUGUUCCUGCACUGCCGUGUGUUGGUGUGUGGGCAGACGGAGGGAGAGUCUCGCUGUGCUCAGGGCUGCCAGAGACGCCUGCGGAGGGACCUGUGGAGCGACCAACACCAGGACCAAAACACACACACACACACACACACCAUGCUCAUCGGAGGCCCCAUUCAAAUACUGCCCUAGCUGUGAUACACACACACACACACACACACACACACACACACACACACACACACACACACACACUCACCAUGCUCAUCGGAGGCCCCAUUUAGAUAAUGCCCUAGCUGUGAUACACACACACACACAUACACACCACACACACACACACACACACACACACACACACACACACACACACAUAGUAAACACAUUCAAGAGGUCCCAUAUAUGUCUUUGCACAGCUUUUGCCUUCACUAACACAUAGUCAUUUACUCUGGCUAAACGAACAGGGAUAUGAACGGACAAAAAACAAACUUCCAGAAAACAAAUCUGUCCACGCAUGUCCCUGCUCUCAAUUUGAUAGUCCAAGCAUCUUAGGCCAAGGCUUUGCAUCAACGCACUGACACAUAUCAACCAUAUUUUUAGACCACAUUUAUGUAAAUCCAACACCACUAGAAAAUACUAUAACUCACACACCCAGCAAGGCCGGCGCUCAUCUCUCUCAACCACUUAAUACAAUUUAGUCACAUCAGAGAGAUUGACGUGCAAUUUUCGAGUCACUGAGAAAGACGCUGCGCUUCAUUUAUCAGCCCAGGCGCAGAGGACGAGGACGAGGACGAGGAGGGAGUCCUCUUCAUCACUUCAGCCAGCGGAGUCCCAAGUGCAUUCACACGUCUUAUGGCAGCGGAGUAUUUAUUUAGUUCAAAUGAGAUUUAACAUGAUUGCUGCCAAUGUAUCUCUCUGCGCUUCGUGGGUUUAUUUGAUUUCGACAAAUAGGAUUAUUAAUGAUAUAAUAAACGGGCCAAAGCGGCAGUUUAACAACUUCUAAAUAUGCACCGACUUGAUAUAGAUUUAUACUCUACAUGAGAUUGAAAGCAUUUUUAUAUGUUCUACCUAAAUGAAUCAAUAAACAACUAUUUUAAGAA